AUGGAGUCCGGCGAUGCAGAUAUUCCUACAUACCAGCCCGUUGGUAAUGUUCAGCAAAGAUAUGCUAAGGCGGGAGGUUUCACAGCUAGGAAGGGUACUCAAUACGAGCCUCGAAAGGGUGUAAUACAUAAUAAAUGGUUCGUAUGCUCAAAAGAGGGUACUAAACCCUUAAAGGCGAUUGACUCGACUCAGGAAGCUGGUAGUUCUAAUGUUAACUCGAAGUCUAAGAUUACUCGCAGGGUUCCUUCUAUAAGGACCGGAUGUGAAGCGUGCAUUCGGGUUAAGUUAAUAACCCCGGAUAAUCUUUACGUGGUUUACUACUUCGAGGAGUCGCAUAAUCACUCAUUUGUUGUUGAAGAUGACAGGUACUUGCUUCCUGAAAACAAAUCUAUGAAUUACGUACAGGAAGAAGCCGUGAAUGCUUUGAGUGCCAUAAACGUUGGUCCAGUUAGAGCGUUUAACAUUAUGAGGACUCUUUAUGGAGGUUUCGAUAAGGUAUGCGCAACUAAAGUUGACUUCAAGAACUUCAAGAGAGACUUAAAUAGGUAUAUAGCUGAGUACGAUGCUGACAUGGUUAUCAAACGCCUAAGAAGGAAGAAGGAAUUUAUGCCCAAUUUCUCUAUGGAAUACCUUACAACUGCUGAGGGCGUCUUACGUGCGUUGUUCUGGGCCGAUGGUGAUACAAAGAGAAAUUUUAAUAUUUUUGGGGAUGUUGUGUCGUUCGAUGCUACUUAUCGUCGUAACAAGUACAAUAUGAUGUUUGUACCUUUUACCGGCGUUGACAAUCACUAUCGUAAUGUUACCUUGGGUGCUGCUAUUAUAGGGGAUGAAACUGCCGAAACAUAUAGCUGGUUGCUCAACGCAUUUCGGCAGGCGUUUGGGCGCGCACCACCUGUGAUUGUAACUGAUCAAGACCCAGCGAUGAGGAAAGCUAUUCAAGAUACUUGGCCUGAAAGUAGGCACAGGCUUUGCAUGUGGCAUAUAAUGGAGAAACUCACUACCAGGGUUUAUUAA